AUGAAUGUACCAACAUUUUUACCAAACUGCACAAAUAAUAAUAAAAAACCUUAUAAUAUCAAUAUCAAUAAUAACACAACAUCAGCUUCAUCAUCAUCAUCAUCAUUCAGUUUAAACAAUAGUAAUAAUAAUAAUUAUACAACAACAGUAGGAUUAGCAUUCAGUUUAAAAAAUAGUUAUAAUUUAAAUAGUAGUAUAAGUGAAUAUAGCAAUCUAAAUAAUAAUAGUACCAGUUUAGCCCGAAGCGCAAGUUGUAGUAGUAUAAGCAGUUGUAAUAGUAAUGAUAGCAAAAUGAGUAGCGGUAGUAGCGGUUGCAACAAUAAAAACAGUAAUAGCUUUUUAAUUAAUAAUGGUAAUAUAACACUUUCACCACCAUCAUCAUUAAGAAAUUUAAAUAAAGAGAAAUUUAAUUAA